AUGGGGUAUUUUGCCAGCGUAUUUCUGCUUUUGAUCACAGCCUUGCCCGCUGCUCGGGCAGGUGAAAUGAUCCAAGCCGCUGCGGGUACUCCCGGAAUUAUCCCCGACGCAUACAUCGUUGUGAUGAAUGAUGGCAUUUCAGAUUCAGAUUUCGAAUCACAUAGGGGCUGGGCAGCGAGCAUGCACAAUAAGGCCGUUCAGAAGCGCGGGAGAAUAUUUAGCGGCAUGACGCGCAUGUGGAACGCCACGGAACUGAAGGGCUACAGUGGUUCAUUCGACCGGCAGACGAUUCAACAGAUAGCGAAUCAUUCCUCGGCAACAGGGAUUAUAUUUUUGACGAUCUGCUGGUCGGGCAUCACUAUCUAUGGAGUCGAUACGGGUAUCGACAUACAGCAUCCCGAGUUCCAAGGCCGCGCUAUCUGGGGUACCAACCAAGUCGACAAUGUCGACCGAGACCAAAACGGGCAUGGCACACACACGGCUGGGACAUUCGCCGGGACGACCUUUGGUGUAGCCAAGAGGGCUACCAUUGUCGCUGUGAAGGUACUCGACGCCCAAGGCGGUGGACGCGCUAGCAGCAUAAUCAGCGGGAUUAACUGGUGUGUAAGCCAUGCCAGACAAAAUAAUCUUCUCGGCAGGGCUGUCAUGAAUCUCAGCUUGGGCGGCUCUGGGACACGUUCGUUCAAUCAGGUCGCUACAAACGCCGCAAACGCUGGUAUCUUUCUAUCAGUUGCGGCCGGGAAUGAUGCCGAAGAUGCCGCGAAUACGUCACCUGCUUCAGCUCGCGGAGUUUGCACGGUUGCCGCCAGCACUGAGCAAGACACUCGAGCAGACUUUUCCAACUUUGGGCAAAUCGUGGAUAUCUAUGCUCCAGGAGACCGAAUCAUCUCUGCAUUCCCGAACAACAGCAGACAAGUUCUGUCGGGCACAUCCAUGGCCGCCCCUCACGUUGCAGGCGUGGGAGCUUACCUCAUGGCCCUCGAAGGGAUCUCCGCUACUCAAGUUUGUGACCGGCUCAAGAGGCUGUCCCAGCCCAGUAUCCGCAAUCCGGGGCCGAGAACCACAAACAGACUACUCUAUAACAAUAGCGGAGUGUAA